CGCAAACGACAGGGCUUAUAUUCGGGCAAUUACGGGCGCUUUGGUCGCGCGGCUGCCACUGGGCAUGCCCAGCCCCGGGUCACGUGAUGUCUGUCAUGGCCGCCUCCGUGGCCCGGGGAGGCGUGAGUGCUGGGCUGCUGCUGCGGGCGGCCAGGGGAGCCUGGUGGAGCCGGCCCGGAGGCAGUUGGGGGUCUGGGGAGGCGGCGGCGCCAGCGGCAGCCAGAGGAUUCCGAGCGACAGGUACCUGGGGCGCUUCGGGGGCUAGCGUUCAUCCGUCGGACCCCCGCAAGGCGCCGCGGGGCCGCUCACCGAACCGUGUUUUUCAGGCUCGCACCCGGCGGGGGAGGAGGAAGCUGGCGGCCCCGAGCGGCCCGGGGACGUGUUCCACCGGGCCACCGCGUCCAUCAUCAAGUUUGGCAUCUGCACCUCCAUCUGUCCCCAGGGUGAACGUGGUGUUCGUAGACCGGUCAGGCCAACGGAUUCCGGUGAGCGGCAGAGUGGGGGACAAUGUUCUCCACUUGGCCCAGCGCCACGGAGUGGACCUGGAAGGGGCCUGUGAAGCUUCCCUGGCGUGCUCCACCUGCCAUGUGUACGUGAGCGAGGACCACCUGGACCUCCUGCCUCCUCCUGAUGAGCGGGAGGACGACAUGCUGGACAUGGCCCCCCUUCUUCAGGAGAACUCCCGGCUGGGCUGCCAAAUCGUGCUGACUCCAGAGCUGGAAGGGGCCGAAUUCACCCUGCCGAAGAUCACCAGGAACUUCUACGUGGACGGCCAUGUCCCCAAGCCCCACUGACGUGGGCAGCCGUCGUGGCCCUCGGGGCCAGGACUGGAAGAAUAGCCAAGCCGCCCGCCCAGCCCAGAGCGUGGACAGGCCCGAGAGAGAUGUUGGGAGCAGCCAGAAGCCCAAAGCCCCUGCUUCAGAUCCCAUGUCCAGGCUCUGGGUGGGGGGUGGGGUGGGGGGUGGGAGGGGCACCAGCCCCUGCCCGGGAGCCUCCCCCAAACUCAGGAGAAUCAGU